GAGCAAAAGUUUAAUGAUAUUUGGCUGUAAUGCAUGUGGACGACGAAAUGCUCGCUUCUCAGCUUGGACAUCCACUGCCAGGUAUGGCACCACCAUCACACCAUCAGACUCACGGUCUAAGCGACAAGCAGCGCACCGAAAUGCUUGACAUUCCAACGAAGAAAACGAAAGGCCUCGAUGAAACCUCUGCUUAUCAGAUCGAAUACCAGCGCUACCAAUCGCUUAUGUACGCGCACUGCGCGCAGCAGCAGCGCGUUGGCUCAAUGUCUGCGUUCAGGCCAUGGGCACCGAAACCCUUCCUGCACCCGGCUGCUACAUAUAACGCGGUGGCGGCGUUCUCCACAUUACCUUAUCUAAGUCAAGAACCACCAGUGUUGCAGAAUCCGGAAAGAGUAGUGCGCAGCACAGACCGUGAACGCUUCGAACGCACCUACCAACCAAAUGUGGCGCUUGUGCCUCGUAAAUGUAUUUUGGCGAAGGAAAGGGAGAAGGAGCAGCGUGAGUACAAAGAACGGGAAAGAGAUCGUGAACGCAUCGAGCGGGAGAGAGAAGUGGUGGAACGAAUGCGGGAACGCGAACAGGAGCGUAAGUUGGAACGUUCUAGAGAGCGGGAACAGACGCGGGAACGGGAACAGCGUGAGCUAGAGCGAGAGCGAAGAGAGCGUGAAGUGCAACAUAGACAGCAACAUUUGUUGCAGCAACAAAAUCUGCAUCAGGAACAACAAACGCUACAAGAACAGGUGACGCUUUCGAAUUUGUGCGCAACUGAGGUUCAAAUAAAACAAGAACGUGCCAAUACACCAAACGAGACUCCCCAGUCCCCACCCAUUGACAAUGCAAAUGGUGGCGACGAGGAGACUACAGAUCGACGCGGUAACGUACAUCUUGACGAGGACACCACAUUGCCCAUGAUAUCGCCCAUGUCGUUGAAAAUGAGUCAGCAGCAACGAAAAAUGCCAAGCAAUAAUAACAGUAGCAUCAAUCACAGCAACAGCAACAGUAACAGUAGCAGCAGUCAUGGUGAUUUAGAUACUACGCAGCAACAGCAGCAGCUGCAGCAACAGCAACAACUGCAGGACCAGCAGCAGUCACAACCGCGGCGACACUCGCUUUAUACCUCAAACUCUUCCGUAUGUUCAACAUCAUCGACGAAAUCAACAACGCCGCCACAGCAACAGCUAUUGUCCGCGCACCUGCCCCCGCCACAACAGUACCAACAACAACAACAGCAGCAACAGGAGCAGCAAAGGCAUAUGCAGUAUUUACCGCUGCAACAACAGCAAGCCUGCCUUCGUCAAUCGCCACGCACGUUUCCAUCAUCGCCUACAGAUACGCACAGCUCCGAAGAAUUUUCGGGCUCGAACGAGAUCACAUCUUCCACGUCUCCCGCCCCGUGUAAUGAGAACAAAUGCAUAAGCCGCGAUCACGCGCCACAUCACACCCAUAUUCAGCAAUCAAAACGAGAGCAAAACGCGCAGGCCCUCAUUGCAACAGUUAAUCAGCAUGCCAAACUUCUCCCGACGUCGAUAUCAGCAACCUUUACUGCCAGCAAUAAUAGCAUCAACAACAACAACAACGAAUCACAAAGCCGAAUUCGCAUAAGUAAAAACUUAAUCAAUCGGGCGAAUAUAAUUAGAUCGCCUACACCUCCACCACCACUACCUCCAAUAUCCGCAUUAGCCCAACUCCAUCCGCAGCAAGAGCAGCACCACCAACAACAACAACAACAGCAACAACCCCAACUGCAAAUAUUGCAACAUCACCAACAACAGUAUGAAUACUACAAGCAAAACCAUCGACUUUUUGAUCAGAAACGACAGCACCAACAAAUGUCAUCAAUACAACACCAACACCUCAUUAUGCGUUCCCAUCAUCAUUCACAGCAAACGCAACAUUCGCCUUCACCCUCACAGUCUUCCACUUCAACCGGGCUGAACCUGAGCACCCACUCCACAAAAGCGACAAUGCAGUCGCAGGAAUCAGAUGUACAAAUUCAGAAACAAUCUCAAAAGCAACGUUCACACAACAGUCUUCCGUACGUCGGCUCCGAAUUUGAACUGUCAACAGACACAGACGAUGACAGUGUAAGUGGGGAAGCGGAUAGCAGCAAUAUUUUGGCGCCUUGGGACUUAGCUGUUGAAGCGUUGCGUGAAACCAGACCCAAGGAACGAGAACGCGUUCUCGGUUUGCUCCGGAAAUUGUUGCAUGAAAAUCAACAAAUGCGUUACAGUAAUCUUCAACUCAGCGAAAUGGUGCACAGGCGCGAUACUAUGAUCAGAGAACUCCGAGAGCAGCUACAAACUUGCCGACAUCACAUGCAAAUGCUCAGUUUGCAGCAAGAGAUUCCAGUGCAGACGAAUGGAUUGCACCACAGCGAGAGUUUUCAAGACGAAGAUAUGCAAAAAUCGCUCUCGCCGGCGGAAUGUCGCUAUUUAGAUAACCAUACCGAAACCAAAGAUCCUGCCACCAAUGAAAAUGGUGCUAAUGUAAGGAAUGUUCUGAGUCCGGCGGAGGCCAGUAGGAAAAAGAACCUAAGUCAAUCCGAAAAUGACAUGCUAAGUGAGAGUGAGGAUGAAAGGGAAAUUAUCUGCAUUCCUAAAGGAAGCGAUGAUGAUAACGACAACGGAAGUGAUGCAGAAAGUGAGAAUGAUGCUGCUGACAACAUCCGAAAUGAUGUCGGCAUGCGGGAGAAUACCGAUAUUGCCACGAAUAAUAGAAAUGACUUAAAGGACGCUGAUAUAAGCACACAACCGCAGGUGAAACGUUUACGGAUCGAAAGUGGCAGCGAAAGUAUUUGCAGUUUAAGCCGAAAAGUUAAAGCUAUGGCUCGAAGAGACGAUCACCCAUCGCACCAAACUCAGGAUAACAGUUCUUUUGACUCCGAAGAUGAAACACCGUCGCCCAAUACUCAAAGGGGUGCAAUAAUGAAUAUAACCGACGAGUGCUCGAAUGCCAAAAAUAAAGAAUACACACAAAUAAACAACAACAAUGACAUUGAAGAUGAAGACGAAGACGAAGAAGAGGCUACCCGCUUUACAGUCAUAAACGGCAGCGGCACUGAUACGAACACAUCCGAUGAUAGCGGAGACGAAAACAGCCUUCACCCUAUGCGCUCGCUUGCGGGCGAAACUGAUGCACAGGCACCUCACAGCAGUGCGUUAGCUACGCCACCAACCGCAACCACGCCACUGUCGCCUCAUUCUGCUGCAACUGCUGGACAGUUGUUCGACAGCAGCAAUAGUAGUGACGAAUCGUCCAUGAAGAAGGCGCAAAUGUCAGCAUCCGACGCGCUUGCCAAAAUAACUGAAUCUGUUGACGAUGGUAACGAGGCAUUAAGACUAAAAGAAAAUGCGAAAUCUGACAAAGUCGAAGACGACCAAGAUAGUGUCGGUGCGGAGGCAGAAACAAGUGAUGACACUGGAAAUAUGAAAGCAAGUAAAUUUGUCAUCAAUAAAGAGGAAUACUGUACGCGUGACGCACGAUACGUUGCCAACUCACGUGAAGCACACAAAACACGAGGUUGCGACGAUCAAAAUCUCGACGACAACAUCAAAACCAGCACCACUGACAUUGGUGUCGAACAGAUGCCGCGCACACCACUGGCAACGAAAGCCAGCAAAAAACAAACGCCAACAACGAACGUCGAGUUACGGAUCAAAAAGGAAAUAAUUUAACCGUUUCAAAGCACUAAAGGCCGAACUCGCGGUAUUGGCCGUGCCCAUCACAGGACUCAUUGAGCCAUGCACCCAAGACGAAAGACCCUUCCAUGCAUACAUACAUGCAUAUACUCAGAUGUACAUGCAAUAUAUGGGUGCAUAUGUGUGUAACUUAACUGUUCCCCACGAGGCCGUUUACUACCCCAAGAACACAGUUUCUCAAGUGUAUCGCAAUCGCUCCAAAUCUAUUAAACUCCUAUGCUUAUGCCGUACGUAAGCUGAACUAUACGAAAGCUGGCAUAAUGUUUUUAAAGCUUAGAACAAGAACAACACAAAUUAAGAAGUAAUUAAAAAAAUUUUUAUUGACUUAAUGUAGGUUGCAAGAUUAAAUAUAUAGAAGGCACCACAAGAAUUGUGAAUGCUAACAUUUUCACAAUACGAAGAGAACAUACAUACAUACGUAUAUACGGAUGGAGUCAUAAUUUAUUCUCCCUUUUGAUAUGCCACUGAAAUUUGCAAAACUAACGGUACAUUAUUAUUAAUAUUGCUAUGUAUCAAGCAUAAAAUACACAUGCAUAUAUACUAUGUAUGUAUGUAUGUAUGCUUUGAAGAAUAAAACACAAUAUUUAAAGAAAACCAGGGCAUAACAAUUAUACGUCUCAUAACAAACACUUUGCUCUAUAAUAGCUAUUAGAUAAGAAAUACUUUUUACUUCGCCAAUAGGAGUUACAUCCCAACAUUUAACAUAUUUUUUAAGUUGCUGAUUGCUGAUAUCUAACGACUGGUGCGCUUUGCUAAAGUCGCCUAAAACGCUUAAGCGUCCUCAAAAGUGAUAGUAUCACCUUCAAAGUACUCCCCAUCAACUGUAACGCACUUAUGGCAGCGUUUGAUCCAGCUCUCAAAACAUUAUUUUCGGUAUAGCCAGCAGAGUCGUCUUCGAUUGUUCCAUUACUUCUUUCGGCUGUUGAAACGUUAAACUACGUUCCCGAUAAUCGUUUUUCGACUCGAUCAAACAGAAAAAAUCGCAGAGAACCAUAUCAGGUGAAUUCUAUAACUUUUGUAUGCUAUAAUUCUUCGUUCUUGAUCAAAAAUGCACGGAUAAUGAUGGCACUGUGGUUUUCCCACAAAUAAUUUCUUUUUUGCGAAUUGUCUUACGUAAACGUCUCUAACGCCCAUAUUAACUGGCAGAAAUUCGUGGUGUACAAUGCCGUUGUAAUCCAUAAAAAUCAUAAGCAUCGCUUUCCUUUUUGACAGAAAACGACGUGGGUUUUUUGAUCUUGGUUCAUUCGGAGCUCUCCACUUAGUCGCCUGAUAUGUGAAUUGCGUACUCAUAACUCACGAUUAAUCUUCAGUAUUAAUGCGUUUGAUGAUUUGGAAAUCAUGUCUUUGGCGAUAUGAACGCAUGAAACUCAAGUAUUUUGGGACCAACUUUGCAGCAACAUGGUGCAAACCCAAAUCAUUAGCUACAAUGUCCUGGACGCAUCCAUAAACAAUGUUCAAGUCCUCUGUCAGCUCUCUGAUGGUCUGAUGUUAAAUGGGUUAAACCAUUAAGUAAGAGUAUCAUGGAGUCACAGCCUCAGUACUAGCACCCGGUCGUACUGCGUCUGGCACUCGUUCCUCGAGGUUGUUCCAUUUAUUUCGAUUUCUGAUUGUUGAAAACCGAACGAAGGGUGCAAAAAAUGACUUCGCAUGAUAGAUAGAUUUGUAUGUAAGUUUUAAUGUAGAGAUGUGGAUACAGAUUGGCAACGUACAAAGUAUUUCCCAUCAAAUAAUUGUUACGAAACAACUUUUUCGUUAAACUUCGGAAUUCGGGCAACGUUUGCAAUUUGUAAAUGCGAGAUAACUGUUAUUUUUGGUCCCUGAAGAAAACAGUACAAUUGUGCAUGCGAGUAAAUUUCGUUUCAAACAGCGAAAAUUAUGAAUUGUGUACGAAGACACGCUUUUAAGCAUAAUAUGUUUGUAUAUAUUUAUAUAGUAGUUUUUUAUGUAUAUAUAUAUUGGUUAAAUAUUGAAUUGAAAUUGUUCAAAAGUUGUAGUCAGCGGUGAGGUAGAGCUACAUCCGGUUUGCGAAAUUCUUUGCUUCGGUUAAUGCAAAUUAAAACAGCCACACCAACCGACUUAGGUGGCCAACAUUAAUGUUAAAUCAGAUGCAUGUAUGUAUCAAUAUGCAUAUAUACAUAUAUGUAUAUGUAUAUAUUUUCUUUUUCUUUUGAUAAGUUAAUGAGUGUUAGAAAAUGUUAUAUAAAAUAAAAUUCAAUCAAUUACAUUCUAAGUGAAAUACUAAAAAAAGAGACUUAAAAAUGUGACAAAG